AUGUUCCGGGCCUUGGAAGUGAAGGCUGCUGGGCAGAGACUUGCCUUGACCUCCAAGGCCGGGAGUGUGGGCCGGCGGCCCCUGCCUUGGAGCCCUGCUGAGGCCCUGGGCUCACUAGAAAAGUCAUCUGGGAGGAACCUGCUGCUGCACUCAGCUGCCCCUUGUCCUGAGUAUGUGUGGGUGGUGGGGACACUGACCAGGCCGUUCACGGGUCUGGUCACGGGGGCUGCCCUAGGUAUGAUCGGGAAGUUUUGGCUGGUGAUUAAGGAAGAUGGGCACAUGGUCACCGCCCGGCAGGAGCCUCGCCUGGUGCUGGUGUCCAUCACCUAUGAGGGCGACCGCCUGAUCCUCAGGGCUCCGGGCAUGGACCAGCUGGUUUUGCCGGGCAAGCUGCCUUCUUCAAACAAGCUGCAUGAUUGCAGGCUGUUUGGGAUGGACAUCAAGGGCAGGGACUGUGGCGACCAGGCAGCUAAGUGGUUCACCAGCUUCUUGAAAACAGAAGCUUUCAGGUUGGUUCAGUUUGAGGAUCACAUGAAGGGAAGGUCAUCGAAGAAAAUUUUCUCUACCCUUGUACCGAAUUACCAGGUGGCCUACCCAGACUGCAGCCCGAUCAUGCUCCUCUCGGAAGCCUCCCUGGUGGAUCUGAAUACCAGGCUGGAGAAGAAACUGAAAAUGGACCAGUUCAGACCCAGCAUUGUGGUGACAGGCUGCGAUGCCUUUGAGGAGGAUACCUGGGAUGAGCUCCUCAUUGGCAGCGUAGAGAUGAAAAAGGUUUUGGCUUGCCCCAGGUGCAUUUUGACCACUGUAGACCCAGAUACCGGAGUGAUAGACAGGAAGGAGCCACUGGAAACCCUGAAGAGCUACCGCCUGUGUGAUCCUUCUGAGAAGCAGAUCUACAAGUCGUCCCCACUUUUUGGGGUCUACUACUCAGUGGAGAAAGUCGGCAGCUUGAACGUUGGUGACCCCGUGUAUCGGAUGGUACCGUGA